CUCUCCCGGAAAUAGGAGCACUCCCCACCCACGGGCGGCUAGCAGCUGUGUGUGGAGUCCGGGAUGAGCGUCUUCGCUGCGGCAGGCGUUGGGCUGCUGUGCGCUGGGCGGCUGUGCGCCGUGCGCGCGGUCCUUCCUUGUCUUUGGAGAGGAAAGUACUUCAGUUCCGGGAAUGAGCCGGCAGAAAACAACCCGGUGACCCCUAUGCUGCGGCAUCUUAUGUACAAAAUCAAGUCGACUGGUCCCAUCACCGUGGCCGAGUACAUGAAGGAGGUCUUGACCAACCCAGCCAAGGGCUAUUAUGUGAACCGUGACAUGCUAGGAGAAAAAGGAGAUUUCAUUACUUCACCUGAAAUAAGUCAGAUCUUUGGGGAGCUCCUAGGGAUAUGGUUCAUCAGUGAAUGGAUAGCCACUGGAAAAAAUGCAGAUUUCCAACUGGUGGAACUGGGCCCAGGCAGGGGUACCCUCUUGGGAGAUAUUUUGAGGGUGUUCAGUCAGCUUGCAUCUGUGCUGAAAAACUGUGACAUUUCAAUACAUCUGGUAGAGGUCAGCCAAAAAUUAAGUGAGAUUCAAGCAUUAACGUUGACUGAAGAGAAGGUCCUAUUAGAGCGAAAUGCUGGAUCCCCAGUAUAUAUGAAAGGUGUCACUAAGUCUGGAAUUCCAAUUUCCUGGUACCGAGAUCUGCAAGAUGUUCCAAAAGAGUACAGCUUUUAUCUUGCACAUGAAUUUUUCGAUGUUCUUCCUGUGCAUAAGUUUCAGAAAACACCACACGGAUGGCGAGAAGUACUCAUUGAUAUUGAUCCACAGGUUUCUGAUAAACUGAGAUUUGUUUUGGCGCCUUGUGCUACCCCAGCAGAAGCCUUCAUACAAUGUGAUGAAACAAGGGAUCACGUGGAAGUGUGUCCUGAUGCUGGUGUUAUUAUUCAGGAACUUUCUCAACGCAUUUCACUAACUGGAGGUGCUGCCCUGAUUGCUGAUUAUGGUCAUGAUGGAACUAAGACAGAUACCUUCAGAGGGUUUUGUGGCCACAGGCUUCAUGAUGUCUUAAUUGCCCCGGGAACAGCAGACCUCACAGCUGACGUGGACUUCAGUUACUUGCGCAGAAUGUCCCAGGGGAAAGUAGCUUCUCUGGGUCCAGUAAAACAGCAAACAUUUUUAAGAAAUAUGGGCAUUGAUGUCCGGCUGAAGGUUCUUUUAGAUAAAUCAGAUGAGCCAUCACUGAGGCAGCAGUUACUUCAGGGCUAUGAUAUGUUAAUGAAUCCUACGAAGAUGGGAGAAAGAUUUAACUUUUUUGCCUUGAUACCUCAUCAGAGACUUCAUGGUAGAAAUCAUCAGACGAAUGCAUGUCAGUCAAAACCCUCUCCAUCACCUGUAGCUGGGUUUGGUGAACUUGCUUGGCGGUGAUAUUUCAGUUUGGACUUUUUACUCCCAAGUUGGCCUAAGAAACUAGAAUAAAGAGAACACAUUUUAUAUAUCACAGGUAAAAUAAGUAUUAAAAUAUUUUAUCUCUUCACAGCCAAUAAAAAUAGCCCAUACAAUGCAACUGAAAAUUGAUCUUUUAAGAUUGUGUUUGAUUCUUGGUACAAAUAUGUGUUCUCAAUUUAAUGAAACUUAUUGGGUUUCCUCUAAUUAAUAAAGCUAGUUGCUGUA